AUGAGACUUGCUUUCCUGGUGUUCUUCCUUCCCGUUGCCCUUAGCUCUCCCAUCGAGAAACGUGCUAACCCGCAGGGUAUCGACGUUUCUAGUUACCAACCCAACGUGAACUGGGCCCAGGUCAAAGCGAACGGCGUCUCAUUCGCGUUCAUUAAAGCAACUGAAGGAACUUCAUAUCAGAAUCCGGACUUCUCGUCUCAAUAUACCGGUGCCACGAAUGUCGGGUUAAUCCGAGGGGCAUAUCACUUUGCCCAGCCCGCCUCGAGCUCCGGGGCUACGCAAGCCAACUAUUUCGUGGCUCAUGGUGGUGGUUGGUCCGCAGACGGUAUCACUUUGCCUGGAGUAUUGGACAUUGAGUACAAUCCUAGUGGAGCCACUUGUUAUGGCCUUAGUGCUUCCGCUAUGGUAAGCUGGAUAAAGGACUUCUCCAACACUUAUCAUACAAAGACCGGACGAUACCCAAUCAUUUACACCACAACCGACUGGUGGAAGACAUGUACUGGAAACAGCAAUGCAUUUGGUAGCGAUAACCCAUUGUGGAUCGCACGGUAUGCAUCAAGCAUCGGGGAGGUUCCUGCGGGAUGGAGUUAUGCAACCUUCUGGCAAUAUGCUGAUUCGGGCAGCAAUGGACCGGGGGAUCAGGAUUUAUUCAAUGGUGACGCAGCUGGCUUAGGGCGGAUGGCAAAGGGCUCCUAA